CUGGCCGGACGCGAUAUGGCAUGGUGGCCGAUUGGAGCGUCUUUGUUCGCCAGCUCUGAGGGCUCAGGUCUGUUUAUCGGUCUGGCUGGGACUGGAGCAGCAGGAGGAAUCGCUGUAGCAGGUUUUGAAUGGAACGCCACCUAUGUGCUGCUGGCUCUGGCCUGGGUCUUUGUACCAGUCUACAUUUCCUCAGGGAUUGUCACCAUGCCGGAGUACCUAGGUCGUCGGUUUGGAGGAGAGAGGAUCCGAACCUACCUGGCUGUUCUUUCAUUGCUGUUGUCUGUCUUCACCAAAAUAUCAACUGACCUGUAUUCAGGAGCACUAUUUGUUCAAGUGUGUUUGGGCUGGAACCUCUAUCUCUCCACUGUUCUUAUGCUGGUUGUCACUGCUCUCUACACUAUUGCAGGUGGUCUUGCUGCUGUCAUCUACACUGACACUUUGCAGACUUUCGUCAUGAUUGUGGGAGCCAGUAUUCUGACGAUUACUGCGUUUAAUAAAAUUGGUGGCUAUGGAAACCUGGCAAAGGCAUAUAGCGUUGCAAUCCCACGAAAGAUUAUUCCCAAUAGCACGUGCCAUCUCCCUCGUGCAGACGCCAUGCACCUUUUCAGGGACGCAGUCACCGGAGACCUGCCCUGGCCCGGGAUGACUCUGGGACUCACCAUACUGGCCACAUGGUACUGGUGCACUGAUCAGGUGAUUGUUCAGAGGUCCCUGUCUGCCAAGAACAUAAGUCAUGUCAAAGGAGCGUCCAUCCUGGCUGCGUAUCUGAAAUUUCUGCCCUUUAUUUUCAUCAUCCUGCCGGGCAUGAUCAGCCGUGCGCUCUAUCCAGAUUCAGUUGGCUGUGUGGAUCCUGAGGAGUGUGUCCGUGUGUGUGGAGCUGAGGUGGGAUGCUCCAACAUAGCCUUUCCCAAACUGGUCAUUGAACUCAUGCCAAGUGGUCUCAAAGGUUUAAUGAUUGCUGUGAUGAUGGCCGCGCUCAUGUCCUCGCUGACGUCCAUCUUUAACAGCAGCUCCACUUUAUUCACCAUGGACAUUUGGAAGAAGCACCGCCCAGCCGCUUCAGAGAAAGAGCUACUGCUGGUGGGAAGGAUUGUGACAGUCAUCCUGGUGGUGGUGAGUGUGGUGUGGAUCCCAAUCCUUCAGUCGGCCAAUAGCGGGCAGCUCUAUGUCUACAUCCAGUCUGUGACCAGUUACCUGGCGCCACCGGUCACUGCUGUCUUUACACUGGCUGUGUUCUGGAAGAGGACCAAUGAGCAGGGAGCCUUCUGGGGCCUGAUGGUGGGGCUGGUGGUUGGAGUGUGUCGAAUGGUGCUGGAGUUUGCCUUCCCUCCUCUCAGAUGUGGGGUGGAAGACUCUGCUCCAGCUGUGCUCAGGGACAUGCACUAUCUCCACUUCGCCAUCCUCCUCUGUGGUCUCACCGCCGGGGUCGUGGUGGUGGUUUCCCUGGUGACUCCUCCCCCCAGCCAGGACCAGUUGUUCAAUCUGACUUGGUGGACCAUCAGUGAGCCCCCACCAAGAGAUAUUCCCAUGCAGAAAGUGACCCCUGUCAGCCACCGUAGCUCUCAGGGUAAGAAUCUGGAUACGAUCCUCAAGCCAGUGAGGCGGGGCCCAUGUGGUCAGGGGCUCACUCUGUGCAUGUCUAAAGGAAGAGGCUCUGACCAGGCUCCAGCCCCCAGAGUGCCCAGUGUGAGGGAGAGUGUCUUUUGGUCCCGCUUCUGCUGUGCUAAUGCUAUCCUCCUGGUUAGCAUUAACAUAUUUCUCUACGCAUACUUCGCCUGA